CGUCAAAUGCUGACUGGUAGAAGUAGAAGUGUUUAUGCUCCUGAAUUUGUGAUUCUGAGGAGAGAUAUUAUCAUGUGUAAUUGUUAGGUUAUCUACAUUAAUAAAUAAUUGUAUAUCAUUUUGAAUUUUAAGACAAUGAUGUCUUCAACAUUUUUUAUUCGUAAUACUAGAACACUGAAAUCUAGUUACUUUCCUUCAAAAUUAUUAUUUAACUCUUAUGCUACAUCUCAACCAGUUGUUCAAAAUCCUCAAGAGCGGUUUGAUAAUCAACUGAAAGAUUUUGAGACAUUAACUAAUAUCAACAAAAAGGCACGCAAAAAAAAGCCUCAAAAAUCGCCAUUUGUCAAAAACUUACUGCUGGGAGUAUUUGAUACAGAUAUUUUGACUUAUCCCCAGCUGGAAAAAGAUGAAGUUCAUAAUUUGGAGAAAAAUGUUUCAUCAGUGAAAAAAUUGAUGAAACAGAAUCAUAUGAUGAAUUGUAAUUCCUUGCAGAAGAACUUCAGACAAAAUCUGUAUGACCACAAAGCUAUAGGUUUGCAAGCUCUCCAAAUCAUGGACGGAAUGGAGUGCAAUAUUACUGAGAGUUUAGCAUUCUUGGAGGCAUUAUCAGAACAUUCUUUAGCAUUCAGUAUAGUUAAUAAUGAACAGUUAGGCGUGCAAAGUUUAGUGAAAUAUGGUAGUGAUUAUCUGAAAAAGAAAUAUCUUGUUCCUGCCAUGAAAGGUGAGAGCCUAACAGCUUUCUGUAUAUCUGAAGCCGCAGUAAUGGAUAUUAGUAAUUUUCAAACAAAAGCAGAACUAUCUCAAGAUGGAAAACUUUGGAUUUUGAAUGGUCACAAAACCUGGGUCAUUAAUGGAGUUUCUGCAGACAUAUUGAUAGUGUUUGCAAUAACUGAUGUUGUAAAACGAGACACUUUUGAGGAAACAAGAUUGAGUGCAUUCAUUGUUGAGAAAGACUUUCAGGGAGUUUCGGUUGGAAGCAAUCACCAAACUGCUGGGAUAGAAGCAACUGAUAUCACUUUUACUGAUACCCCUGUUCCAGUUGAAAAUGUUAUUGGUGAAGUGAAUAAAGCCCAGGAAUUGCUACCUUCUCUCAUUAACGAAUAUAGAUUGAGUAUAAGUUCCAUUUGUUGUACUGUGACGAGAAAACUUUUAAAUAAUAUGAUCAAAGAUAUACUUGAGAAGUCAGAUGAAAAGAAUUUACUUCACAAAACAGAUGCAGUUCAAGAAAAAAUUGGCCAGGUGACUACUUCACUCUACGCUAUGGAAAGUAUCUCUUAUUUGACUGCAGGACUCAUUGACAAUUAUGAGAAUCAAGAUUGUGAAAUGGAGUGUGCAAUUGCUAAGAUAUUUGCCACAGAGAAUACAAUGAAAACUUCACUAACAUGCUUGGAUCUCAUUGGAACAUUAGCUGCUUCUGAAACACACUGGGCUAAUAUCCUUCACAAGGAAACUCUUCUUUUAUCAAUAUUGCAUGAAAGUAGUGAUAAUUUGAAGAUUAUCACUUCUUUAUUAGGACUUCAAUAUGCAGGGGUUACUCUGAAUGAAAGAAUUGGUAAAAUUCGAAAUCCUCUUUUUUAUGCUGGAUUCACUUUAGCAAAAAUGUGGUCUGAUCGAAGAAAUGUGAAUGACGAUCCCAAACUUGACUUGAAAUUAGGAGAAUAUUUACAUCCUUCAACAAUGAGUUCUUCUCAGAAUUUGGAGUAUUGUGUUAAAAGAUUGGAGUUUGCAGUUGAGGUUCUUCUGGCAAGGCAUGGUCCCGAAAUUGUUAAUCAACAUAUGGAGCUGAGGAGACUAGCAGAAGUUAUAAUAGAUAUUUAUGGCAUGACAGCUUGUCUUGGUAGGGCUUCUAGAUCAUACUGUAUCGGACUUCAACAUGGAGACUAUGAAAUGAUGAUUGCUAAUACAUUUUGUAAUUAUGCUGUGGCACGUGUAAAAGAAAAUGUGAAGCUGAUUUAUUUGGGUACAUACCAUACCAACGAUGAAAACUAUAGAGUUUUAUCAAAAAGAGCAUUCAAAUUCAAAGAGUACUUUCCGAAACACCCUCUAUCUCGGAACUUUUAAAUUAAUAUCAUUAUUUAUUGUAAAUAAUAGUUGAUAAAAAUGUUUUCAAAA